AUGGUUUACACCUCGAUUUAUAGGGAUACUGUUGUCGUCGACCUCUUAGAAUAUUUUGACUUAAUUUCCCGCACAGAAACCCUGCAAAGUGCUCAUGUGUGUGAAAUCGAUGAGCCUGGAUAUACUGACAAAAAGAGCAAUAAAGCCGAGUGUGAUAUGGAGGCUUGUCCAGAAUCAUAUGUAUCUGAGCACUCCCAAAUAAAGAAGAAUGACCCUUUCUUAGUCAAUUGGAAUGGACCGUCUGACCCUGGGAACCCACAUAACUGGUCACUCCAGAAAAAGUCACUCGUUGUAUUCCAGAUCAUGCUACUUACUUUCGUCACUUACAUGGGGUCCUCCAUCUAUACACCUGGCCAAGAAUAUAUUCAAGAAGAAUUCCACGUAGGUCACGUGGUGACGACUCUAAAUCUUUCUCUAUACGUCCUUGGUUAUGGGUUGGGCCCCAUAAUAUUUUCACCACUAUCGGAAAUUGCCCGUUAUGGUCGUCUCAAUCUUUAUAUGAUAACUUUGUCUCUUUUUAUGAUUUUCCAAGUUGGUUGUGCCACUGUGCAUAGCAUUGGUGGUUUAACUGUGAUGCGUUUUAUCAGCGGUAUACUGUGCAGUCCGUCUUUGGCUACUGGUGGCGGUACAGUGACAGAUAUCAUUUCGCCAGAAAUGGUUCCAUUGGUUUUGGGGAUAUGGUCAGCGGGUGUAUUUUCUGCACCGGUCUUUGCCCCCCUGUUAGGCGCCGCUAUGGUGGAUGCCAAAAAUUGGAGAUUUAUCUUUUGGCUAUUGAUGUGGUUGAGUGCUGCUACUUUCAUCCUGUUGGCAUUUUUCUUCCCUGAGACACAACACCAUAACAUUCUGUACCGCCGUGCUCUGAAAUUGAGGAAGGAAACUGGCGAUGAAAGAUACUACACCGAACAGCAUAGAUUAGAUAGACAGAUUGAUGCAAAGACUUUUUUGGUUAAUACACUAUACAGACCAUUUAAGAUGAUCAUUAAGGAACCCGCUUUGUUAGCUUUUGAUCUCUAUAUCUCUGUCGUGUAUGGUUGUUUCUAUUUGUUCUUUGAAGCUUUUCCCAUUGUGUUUGUCGGAAUCUACCAAUUUACUCUAGUUGAGAUGGGCCUGGCAUAUAUGGGGUUUUGCGUUGGUUGCUUCUUAGCUUACGGCCUAUUUGGUGUCUUGAAUAAAAAAAUUAUUGUGCCACGUUUCAGAAAUGGUACUUUAACACCAGAGGUUUUCUUGAUUAUGGCGAUGUGCGUGUCCUGGAGUUUGCCUUUGUCUCUAUUCUUAUUUGGUUGGACAGCUCAAGUACAUUGGAUUUUACCGAUCAUUUCAGAAAUUUUUUUUGUCAUAGCCGCCUUCAAUAUUUUUCAAGCCACAUUUGCAUAUUUGGCCACUUGUUAUCCGAAACACGUUGCGUCUGUGUUUGCUGGUAACAGUUUCUGUCGUUCUUUAUUUGCGUGCGCUUUUCCAUUGUUUGGUCGGGGAAUGUAUAACAACUUAGCUAUCAAGAAUUAUCCGGUGGCGUGGGGCUCGUCCUUGGUGGGUUUUUUCACUCUGAUUCUAGCUGCCAUCCCAUUUGUACUUUAUAAGUGGGGACCGUCAUUGCGCGCUAGAUCUUCUUACGCACAUUAA